AUGGAUCGCAGAAGCCAGCGCACCUUCAUCAUGGUCAAGCCUGACGGAGUUCAAAGAAAACUCGUUGGAGAAAUCAUCAGAAGAUUCGAAGAAAGAGGCUACAAGCUUGUGGCUAUGAAAUUUAUGCAUGCUUCUCCAGAACUCCUUAGACAACACUAUGCUGAACACGAAGGAAGAAGCUUUUUCGCUUCCCUUAUUGAGUACAUUGGCUCUGGUCCAGUUGUUCCUAUGGUUUGGGAAGGAACCAACGUUAUUGAAAUCUCAAGAAAAAUCAUUGGAGCAACCAAGCCAGCUGAAAGCGCUCCUGGGACUAUUCGUGGAGACUUCGCUAUUGAAGUAGGAAGAAAUAUUGUCCAUGGAAGCGAUAGUGAAGCUUCAGCUCAAAGAGAAAUCGGCCUUUGGUUCAGAGAAGAAGAGCUUGUUAGCUGGGCAGACCACAGCAGUGCUUGGAUUUACGAAUAA